AUGGCUACACCUCAGAGGAAUGACAAAGAAUAUGGCCGCCCAGUGGCAGGAUCUAAAACCGAGACUCGUGGCAGAUUUGCAGGGGCUCAUAUCAGCCAAGAAGUGAAGCAGUUGUGCCAAAUUAUUCUCCAGAUGGGUGAGGAACAACCAGAUGGAACUUCUACUGUCACAUUUCGACGCUUGUUUGACAGGUAUACCAGAAUAUCCAACAAAGUAGUAGGGAUGUUACUCAGGGCUCGGAAGCAGAAUUUGGUUCACUUUGAAGGGGAAAUGCUUUUCCAAAGAAGAGAUGAUGAUGUUAUUAUUACUUUACUGCACAUGCCUGAAGAAUUGGAAAAUGACCCAGAAGAAUAUUGGAACAUCCGUGCCAGAUAA